AUGCUCGAAUGUACAGCGAAAAGUGAAAAUCCACCGGAUGAUUGUUGGACGGAAAAAGAGAAGGCUGAUAUGUGGGAAUUUGUGUUCGGUCUUGCAAAAACAUUCAGUAGAACAUACAGCGGACACUCGUUCCGUUUAAAUGUGACCAGUGAGAAGUUGUGGCAGAGGUUUCAACAAGAAUUUGAAUCACGACGAGAUCAUAUUUCACUCAGAAAUUGGUACCUUUUCUCGUUUUUCUGUCUGUAAGCUGUUGGAAUGUUUGCAGUUUUACGCGAAUGGCUCCAGAAAUCCACAAAACUUCAUUCGAUAUCGACUCAAAAACCGAGUUUUAUUUGGCAUUCAAAGUUCCCGUCGAAAAGAGCAUUCUUACAGAGUAGGCGCUGAAUUUUCUCUUUUUUUUCUAUGAAUGAAUUAUUGAAGGAUGAACAAACGCGGAAUAGUAUGCCUAUUCACCGACGGAUGCCUCAAAUCGUUUGUGGAAAAUCCGAAAUUUGCAGUGAAACAGGAAAUUGAAAAAGAAGUUGUUCAGCCGAAAAAGACGCCAAGACAGUUUACGAAGCAGGAGCACAGCGCCAUGUGGGAGUACUUUUUAAGAAGAACACGCCAUCCGCUAACUGGAAAAAUGAUGAAAACGUCAUUCAAAAACAUGAGAUCGACUUUUUGGAGAGAUUAUGUUAAGGAAACGAGCACCGCUCGAAAAGCGCCCAAUCUUCACACCCAGUGAGUAUCCUUCAGAUACUGAUACAUAACUCGAUAUUUUCAGUUUUCUCGGAAUGAUUCACCGAAUUCAACAAUCGAACCUGGAUUUGCCAACGAAGGCCUCCAUUUUUUACGCGCUCGACUAUCCGCUGGAUCCAGAUUUUUAUAAGGAGUUUGUCGGCAGUCGAGUAAUCAUAUUAACUGUUCUGGUGUUUUUAGCCUAAAAAGAGCGGCUGCAGUGAAAAUCGACAAGGAGAAUCAUCUUGUUUGGUACCGAACUUUCGAUGGAAAGCAUGAAGAGGGCGUCACGAAUGGCGAGAAUGAGACGAUGGAAACGGAGACGGAUUUCGGAAAAACGGAAGUUAAAGAAGAAAAUGACGGGCAACAAAUGGACGCUGAUCUCGAGCCGGGAAGCAAUCAAUCAGAACCUUUAGAGAACCCGUUAAUAAACAGAAUUGAGUUCAUAUGGGAUUUUGUGCUCUAUCACAUGAACGAUCUGGAGACGGGCGAGCUGCGGAAACUGUCUGAAGAACAGUGGAGAGUUCUGUUCGCCGAGUAUUACGAAGAUGAUCUGUACGACGGAACACAAGGAUUUAAGUAGUUCGUGUAGUUUCUGUUUUAAGUUUUGACUUUUCUGCCUAACAGCAUUUUCGCCUCGUACAUUCGAAAUCUUUGCAGCUUCGUGCAGAAUGUGGCUCCGAAUCUCCACCAACUCACGCGAUUCGACGCGGAAACGAAGCUGAAAUUCUACUAUUCGCUCGACUAUCCCAUCAAUUUGGAGUUUUUGGCCACGUUUGUUGUGUUCAUCGGUUUCUGUCACAAAAUGUUAAGCUAGUUCAGGCUGGAAACAUCGGUUGAAGUGCACAUAGACGAUAGAGGAUGCGUGGAAAGAUACACGUGGAAUCCACAACCAGCUCGGGAAAGAGCCGUCGAGCCGGCAAAAUUUGAAAUUGAGCAGAAACCGCAGCCGGUUUUCUCAUUUCCUAGACUCCCAGUUAAAAUUCUCCCGCAUAAGUAUGCAAUUAUAACUAACUUUUCAUCACAAUGGUAGUUUUUUUCAGUCAUUGUCGUGUCCCCGUCUGCAAACACACUGUGCGACCGAAUCAUUCUUCUGGAAAAUAGAAGAGUUCGAUACAAUAUCAAUGAUAAAAAACAGUAAUAAAAGAACAUUCGUGCUAAGUAUUGUCAAUUCUUGUUUUCAGACCAGACCCGAAUGCUCAUGAUUGCAGCAGCAGCAGCAGUAGCGACAACUGA